UUGAGUGUGCCCAACUCUGUACGUGAAAAAACGUACCUUUUUUUGUGCCAAUCAUGGCUCCGGAGAAUGCGUGUGGUGAGGAGCCCCAACACCGUAAACCUCAGCUCACGCGGAAGACCCUCUUCGUGCUGGGCGCGAUGAAUUUGAUUGACUGCAUUAACGUCAACCUUUUGACGCCCUAUGUGGACAAGAUGGUCUCCACACUUCUGCAACAAAGCCCUCAAAGCCCUGCUGUGGCACAUACGGUUGGUAUGCUGAUCGGGCUGUACUCUCUUUGCGAGGUGGUCUUCUCGCCCUUCUGGGGCACGUUGGCCGACAAAGUGGGGCGCAAGCCUGCACUCCUCGUGGGCCUGGGCGGCUCGGUGAUUGCGCCCAUCAUGUUUGGCUUGGGCACCACCCUGCCAACAAUCUUCGCUGCUCGAGCGUUGGACGGCUUCUUCUGUGGAAAUAUGGGAGUGACCCGAACCUAUCUUGGAGAGAUUGUGGAUGAGAGCAACGAGGCGAAAGGCUUCAGCUUCCUGGCGCUCUGCUUUUCGGUGGGGCUCUUCGUGGGGCCCAUCCUCGGGGGCGAGCUGGUGUUUCCCGCUGAACGAGCCCCACAAAUCUUUGGUGGCACCAUCUUUGAAGAGUAUCCUUUCCUCUUGCCAAAUCUCACGUAUGCCAUCUUUGCGGCCAUCGCAUGGGUAAUUGGCUGUGUUUUUCUGGAGGAAACGCUGCCGCACAGCAAGCGGUGUUGCCACCGGCGGACGGCAGAUCUUCCAGAGCCUACUGGACUAACGAGAUCGACGAGUGGCACUGAUCCUUCAGGUGCACCGAACCGCUACGUGAUUCCCGAAGAUGAGUCCCAAGCGUCAGACGCCAGCAACAAGAAGGGCUGCUAUUCCUUGGAGAUGGUCUCGACGAUCGUGACCUAUUGUGCUCUUUCGGGCACCACAGCAGCUCAAAACCAGCUGUUGAUCCUCCUGGUGUCCUAUGAGAAGUCGGCUGGUGGCUUUGAGUUUGGCCCGCGCGAUAUUGGCUUUCUGCAAAACAUAGGUGCUGUUGGACUAUUGAGUUCUCAACUCUUCCUCUAUCCGAAACUCACAAAGAAGUUUGGUUUCCUCAAGGUCUUCCUCUUCGGCUUUUUCAUGGCUCACCUCUCUUACGGACUCUUUCCCAUCUAUGGCGCCUUCGCGGACCCGGACAAGUAUGGUAUUUAUCGAUUCAUUCCACUGGGCAUGAUGCAAUUCGUCUACACGGCGGCCACUGGAAUGAUGUUCCCCACGGCCUUCGCCUUCAUCAACCGCUCUGCGGAAGGCUUCAACCGUGGCGCGGUGAAUGGCUGGGCCAACUCCUCUGGGGCCUUGUGCCGAGCGGCCUUCCCCCCAGCCUCGGCGGUGAUGCUGACUAUGAGCGCGAGCUGGGGUCCCAUGGGCCGCUACUUCCCCCUUUACAUUGUGACGAUGAUUGCAGCCGUUUGCAUUGCUUGCUCCAUGCCUGGGCUUCGACUGGUGAAUCAAAAGAGCGUGGUCGGAGGUCCUUCAGGCCCCGCACGUGCGGUGCCUGUGCGGUCUGCGGAAGAGGACUGCCAGGCGGCUCGGAGAGAGCCGCUCAUGGAGGCCUAAGGACCCGAGUUUGGCUGACGGGUGAUUGGUGUG